UCUCAAAAAAGACAUGUAAAAGUGAUAAAAAAUAUCCUAUUUGCAGAAUAAAUAAUUUCAUUUCAUUUCAACAGCUAGUGGCAGCAAAAUGAAAACCCCUCCAAAAGCAAAGAGACGAAGAAAGGAAUAUUUCGACGGAUUUUCCUUAACUGCAUUAAGAAAUAUAAUUCACAGUAUGUAUACAGUGAGAAAAGAAAUACCAACCAUGCGCAAGAUCUUGGCAGCUGCAAAAACAGACUUAAAUUACACAGGCAGUGAAACCACACUACGAAAAAUAAUCAAAAGUGAUUUAGGAUACCAAUUUAAAAGGUGCUACCAAAAAAGACUGGCUCUAAUAGAAAGGCCACAAAUUCAGGCAUGGAGGGCUAGAUAUUUACGUCGCAUGAAAGACAAUGACUUGUUAGGUGCGAACAAGAAACCUGUUAUUUAUCUCGAUAAAACAUGGAUACACGCACACUACACCGUAAAAAAAUGUUGGCAAACACCAACCGAUGUUGGAGUGAGACGGAACGAUAGCCCGGGACGUCGCUGGAUAAUAGUGCACGCAGGGAGUGAAGCCGGUUUUGUAGAUAAUGCUCUGUUAAUGUUUAAGGCAGACACAAAAACCGGCGACUAUCACGACCAAAUGAAUGCCGAAAAUUUUACAAAGUGGCUGACUGAAAAGCUUUUGCCUAACAUACCUAUCAAUUCAAUUAUUGUAAUGGACAACGCCCCUUAUCAUAGUAAGGAAGAAAAUAAAACUCCAAAUAUGAACAACAAGAAACAAGUAAUGGUUGAGUGGCUCCAAGCUCAUAACAUAGAAUUUCCAGAUAAUUCUACAAAACUGGAGUUAUAUUUAAUAAUAAAACAAAACAAACUGCCGAAAAAUUUCAAAAUCGACAAGUUGUUGGCUGAUCAUGGCCAUGAAGUAUUAAGAUUGCCUCCAUACAACUGCGACCUCAACCCCAUUGAGUAUAUUUGGAAUUUAUUAAAACAGAGGGUUUCAGAAAAAAAUGUGGAGCAGUUAGAGUCUAAAAUUGAAUCCUUGACCCUCGAGGCGUUGGCGUCAAUAACUCCAGAUGAUUGGAAAAAAGAAGUGAACCAUGUGAAGAGACUCGAAGAAGAAUACUGGCGUAAAGAUCGCAUAACUGAUGAACUGUUUAUUAUAAAUACGGCAGACGACAGUGAAUCGUCAGAUUCUAAUUCUGAAUCAGAUUCUGAAUCUGAUAACGACGAUGAUAUGAGUGGGAUUGAAGAAUUAGUAUAGAAUUAUUAAAUAAACAUUAAUUUCUUAAUACUUGGUUUUAUUUAUAAUACCUACUUAAAUGCAGCACCUAUAGGUAGGUAGGUAGGAGCAGAGAUAAAAAUCACAAGGGUUCCGUAUCUAUGAAAAAUGAACGUAUCUUUUACCUAGAAAUAGCCAAAAUAAAAUCAUUUUCAGCAAAAAUUAACUUUGUUUUUGAUAAAAAUAUAUGAAUAACAAAGUUAUAAUUUGCGGUUUUUGAAAAAGUGCUAUAUCUCAAAAACUGCUAUCUGCAUCAUGUUCAAAAUAGUUUUCCUAAAAAGUUUGUUCUACUGUUGUGAUUUUUUUCAUAUUUUCUAUAGUUGUUUCAAAAUUUGCUCUUUGUUGGAGUGGUUGAUAUCAUAUUGGAGCCAAAUUUCAGCUUUCUAGCGCUAACGGUCACUAAGAUUAUCUGCGGACGGACGGACGGACAGACAGACAUGGCGAAACUAUAAGGGUUCCUAGUUUACUACGGAACCCCAAAAAACAUUGACGAAUAGUUUGCCAUCAAACAAAAAUAUACAAAAAAAAUGGUUAUUUUUGCUAUCUGUACUUUUAUGUCGAGGAUGACGAAGCAGCUGUUAUUGUGAAAAGGUUCCAUCGCAAUACCAACGCGCGGGGCUUAUAUUUGAUUUUUAAAUACGCCAUUCUAACCUACUGCCAAAUUAGGUUUUCUAUUUUUACACAGUUGCAAAAAAAAUUAAGUAGAUACCUACUGUGCAGAUAAAAACAAAUCUUUUGGAGUCUUACCACUUAUUUUAAUAAUGGUAAAACGUAAUUUUCUAAGUAAUUGAUCAGAAUGACAGUCCUAAGCCUGUUCAAGUAUGAAGGAAAAUCAAAUAUGUUAAAUGAAUACAAUAGUGUGGGAAUAGGUCGCAAAGGAGAAUGCAUCUCUUCGCUUAAAUGUAAUGAUAAAAUAUGUUUGUGCCGCUACAAUAGUGACUAUCAUAUUAUAAUUUGGUCACCGUUACAGAUUGACAUUUGAAUGGUACAAAAUAAUUCAUCAGUUUAAAUUCUCCUAUUAUGUCAGCAAUUAUAGAUGUUGCAUUUAUAUAUUUUUUAUUUAUACGUAGCGGUAUAAGUAUAAUAAUGUCUUUGGUAAUACCUUGAGUGCGUAUUUACUCUAUGAGUGAUCCGCGCUUUGCUCUAUGGAAAUGCUUACCGAGAGCGAAGACCGAAUAGAGCUAUUAACUAAUAGAAUGAACUAGUUCACUGUCCGAAAUGAACUAGUACGGAGCGAUCUUAAAAAUGACCGAGCAGGCACAAGACUAAAAUAUAUUACAUCUUAUUCUUAUCUCAAUUAUAUACCUUACCAUACUCAAUCGUUACUUUUGUUUUAAAGAUGACUAAAUAACCUUUAAUCUUAUUAAGAAGUCCACUAUCUCCUUAAAGUGAUGAUAAUUGGUGCCACCAUGUUACCAGCAAUGUUUGAAAACUAAGUUGUUACAUUAACCAAAAGAAAACUCACCAAAACCAAGACAGAUUGCAUGGAGAGUAAAAUACCACGAGCACCCAAGACAACGACCUUUAACCAUUCACAUCUUCAUCAAAAUAAAUACAAACAGAAUUGUAAUACUACCAACAACGUCUUAAGACAAACAAUAGGCACUUCAGAUUGUGUGAUGGUUGAUUCAUGCGGACGAAACAAAAUCAAAGUAACAAAUCUAAGAAAAAAAGCAGCACAUUUGGAACGCUAUUUUACAUUUAUUUUCGGCGCAACUUCGUCCAAAAGGUCAACACAAAACAACUUUGGAUUCCAAGCCACUUCAAGAUAUUGUAACAAAACGACCAAAACGAAACAAGACAACCUAAAAACAAACAAACAGUAUUUUAGCAAGCACUCCAUGCAACAAUUUCCAACCCAAUAGCAGAGUAUAUAACUAUAUAAUCACUAUUAUACGUUUAACGUGCCCAACAGUUAUUGUUAGUAGUAUUGCACGCAAAUUGCAAAACUGUUGGAUGCACAAGCAUCCACGAGUUUUGCAAUUUGCGAGCGAGGAGAAUUCUAAUAAUAAUAGACUAAAAAAGUAAAAGACUUGUCAUAGAUGUCAUGAUGUGAUUCCAUAGAUUUUUUCCUCCAGCUACCAUGACCAUAGACAAUAAAAAUAAUACCAAAACGUAAACAUUGCCAUUAUUUUUACCUCAGCG